UUUUUUUUUUUCUUAAUUACUCGUACACAAUUAUUUAUGUUUCUAUUAUUUUUAUUUACAUGAACGCAGUUUCCAUGAACACCGAAGCAAAUUCGUAUCCCUGGUCAAAGGAUCAAGAGCCCCAGGAUAUAUACCGCGAUAUAGAACACAUUCAAAUGAUAGAUAUACAGUAUUAUUGCCACUUUAUGCAUACAAGCGAUGAUGCAGACGAUGCCGUUCUGAACAACUUGAACAAAAGCAUCAAUUAUAUCUCAAAGCCAACAGUAGUGGUGCCACCGUUACACAUUCUUGCAGAGAAACAGUCGUGUGGACCUAGUCCGGCGGAAAUUAUGCAGGCUCUCACUACCAAGAUGUGCCACGACAUGUUCAAUUUGGAACGAUUGGAGACUUUGGGCGAUUCCUACCUAAAACUCAUUACAUCGUUAUUUUUGUAUCACUCCUUCCCAACACUUAAUGAAGGUCAAUUGACAGCACUAAAGGGCAGAAUAAUCGGCAAUCGCAAUCUAUAUUACAGUGGCGUUAAUAAGAGCAUACCUGGACGUAUGAAGGUCGACGAGUUUACGCCUACAAGUACUUUCAUCGUACCUGCGUAUGCAGUAUUUCGACAAUUGCAAAAGAUACUAUUGGAUCAGGACGUAUCACCAAAUAUAUUAUACGAACUUCCGAUACCAGAUGAAGAGAGAUUAACUGGAGAGAUAAGCACAAGUACAAUUAAUACGAUGCAGAAUAUAAUAUCGCAGUGGAGUUUGGCGGAAAACCAAACUGGCCUGGAACAUUAUCUUAAUGUUCAAAUUAUACCCGACAAGGCCGUAUCGGACUCGGUAGAAGCGUUGAUUGGUGUUUAUCUCAGAAGUACCGGCAUAAGCGGCGCAGCAAAACUGCUCAAGUGGUUCGGCAUACUGCCUGACAUUGAAAUUGACGAGUUAUUAAGUGGUACCAGUUCAUUAAAUCCUAUAAUCGGCAAUGGAAAUCCGAACGAACAUAUGCCAUGGGCCGAUAAUAUAGAAAAAAGACUUGGUUAUAAAUUUAAUAACCGGGCAUAUUUGUUGCAGGCGUUUACUCAUCCAUCGUACACAGUAAACAGAAUAACCGACUGUUAUCAAAGACUAGAAUUUCUUGGAGACGCUAUUUUAGAUUUUUUGAUCACUUGCCAUAUUUAUGAAUCUUGCGGCAACUUGAGUCCUGGCGCUCUCACCGACUUGAGGUCUGCGCUUGUCAACAAUGUAACAUUUGCUUGCUUAGCUGUGCGAUAUGGUCUACACACCUGCUUACUGGCUUACGCGCCGCAACUGCAUGAAAUAAUCAAUCGCUUCGUCAAGUUUCAAGAAGAACGGGAUUACGCAAUUAAUGAUGAAUUAUUGUGGGUGCUUCUUGAAGAAGAAGAUUGCAACAUAGCAGAAUAUAUAGACGUCCCGAAGGUCUUGGGGGAUCUGUUUGAAACAUUAAUCGGAGCCAUCUAUCUCGAUAGCAACAGAAACUUGACAAAAGUCUGGGAGAUGGUUUAUUCUUUUAUGCACAAAGAAAUAGAUGAAUUUAGCAGAAAUAUACCAAAGAAUCCAGUUCGAGUGAUAUACGAACAUCAAGAUGCACAUGCCAAGUUCCUUGAAGCAUCAAUGAUCGAAGGCAGAAAUGUUGUCAUGAUACCUCUAAAAGUAACCAUUGCUGGUAAGGAAAAGACUUUUCAUGGUUUUGGAGCUAAUAAAAAGUUGGCUAAAUGUGCGGCUGCGAAACAGGCAUUGAAAAGAUUGCGCAGUCCGAAAUAAGUGUUUGAUGUAACUGUUAUAUACAUGCGCGUAUGUUUUUAUGUCUGUUGAUGCUAUUUAUAGACAAUUUAAAAAUCUAUAGACGUGUGUGUUAAAAAGAUUGAGCAUCCAUUUUUCGAUGGACGUUACCAUGAUUCCGAUUGUAUUUUGAAUGUAUGUAUGUAUUGUCCUGUGCUUGCAGCACUAGGAAAAUUGCCACACCGCGUAAUUAGUCUGUUAGAUAGAGACGCGCAAAUGUCUUUCUAUCCUUUUCUCUUUUUAUAUUUUUCCUCAAAAGAGAAUUUCACUUUUUUUUUUUUUUAAAGUUUCUAAAGUUCGUUCUUAUCUAUAAAAAAAAUAUGGUAAAGGUUUACAAUUACACAGUUAGCUCCAAAUGAUUUCCGACUAACCUUGAUAUUGACCUUGACCCUCAGAGAGAUCAAUGCUAUUGACCAUUAUCGGUGCUCAUUGUUUAUUAAAAAGUUAUUAACGAAAAAAGUUUUAAAAGUUAAAUGUAAUUUGUGCACACAGUGUAUAUAGAAAUAUGGUAAAAAGUAUACGAAUAUGCGCAAAUAUUAAAAAAAAGGUAACACACACUGUUCGCCCGCACACGCGCUCGCUGAGGGCUACGGCUCUCAGAAUAUACAUACAGGGUAUAGCAAAAGUACCGGAACGGCAAGAUAACUCGGCGGGGGAGCAUUUUAGAGAAAAAUGUUUCCAAUAAAAGUUGUAAGGCUUAAAAAGUCGCAUUUAAUGACA